UUCUCCUCCUGCAAACUGGAUGUGUUUUGAGUUCUAAUGAGUCGACGCUAAAGAUUAAUCCAGAGUUUGCGUUUAUGCUUUACAUGAAUUAUUGAAAUAGCAAAAAUAGGUAACCUGAUAAAUACCUAGGCAUUUUAAUUUUCAUGCAGCUUCGAAAUCGUACCUCAAACCAUUUUCUUAGAAGUGCGACACAUUCUGACAAUAAUGUCCAACUUUAAAAUGGAGUGUGAUCCAACGUCCUCGCACAAACAUCGAUUAGGAAAGGAGCUCGUCUGCAUAGAAUACCCGGGAGUGGUGCGGAAUCCGGAUAGAAUGGUGGCAUCGCUGGGAGGAGCCGCCGAGCUCAGUGCGGCAAUCUGCGCUGAGAAGCGUCGUCUAGAGCUUCGCUUUCGACCGGAAUCGAUGUAUGCGAAGCCGGCCUAUGGAGAUCGAUGUAACAAAACUGGGUUGGUGAUCAAAAUAAUAACUCGCCGCAAGCGUACCCAGCCCAACGAGGUGGAGAUUCGAUCGCUGGAAAUUGCAGGACGAGUUGGUCUAGUUUUCAAAUUUGAAAGCAUGUGCGACUUUCAAUUGCUGCCAGCGUUCCGAAAUAAGAACAGCUCGGUGGUCGAAUGCUUAUAUGAGCAGUUUGUGCCGAAGGGUGUAUCCACGACGGCUUUGAUGGAAGGGUCGGAAAAUGUACCAUACUUUCUGCCUCCAAUCACAUUCAGUAGGUUCGAUACUGCCCAGUUGAGUAUCUUUAGAGCGAAGGAGGUUCUCUCGGACCUUAUGGGCACUUCAGAGAAGGAGCGGGCCAGAAGAACUAAACACGGCAUAUACGUGUCUUUCAGUUUGUCAGAUCCGCUUCCAACAGAACCUAAUGUCUUGGCGAGAGAAACCAUCACAAAUAGAAAUGUUCGCCCGGAAGUGAUCGAAAUGGUGACGAAGAAGUUUGAAGAACGUCCCAUUUGGACCAAGACGGCUCUUAAGGGUAGUCUUCAGUUAAGUGAAGAAGAUAUACGUUAUUUGCUGCCCAGUAUGGCAUUUUACUUCGUGAAUGGACCAUGGCGAGGUACCUGGGUGCGUUUUGGGUACGAUCCAAGACAGUUGUUCGAGUCACGGUACUAUCAGUUGUUGGAUUUUCGCGUUAGAACUGUUGGUGCUAUGCACGAUAAGGUCAAGGUCAAACGAACACAAAAUCCUGUCAGACCGUGUAUGCGAUUCGCCAAUCCGGCCUCAAACACCCGUGACCCCAGCAAACCGAGCGUGAGUCGUACUGUUGCUAAGCAGAGUGAUUACGUGUUCACGAUGAGUACGCUUCCCCAGAUGAGGAUCAUAUUUUACCAGUACUGCGAUGUUCAGGUUCCUCGGAUUCAGCAGAUGCUGGAAAAGAUCCCGACGCCCAUGACGGGGGUGGUUUGCAAUGAGAAGACUGGUUGGCUGCCACCGCGAUUCGAUGAACAGUGUCGCGAUAUUUUAACAGAGAUUGUGCUGACCAACUUCAAGAACAAAAAAGGUGACGACCCCGUCACCACUAGCGCUAGUGAGUUUGAGACGGGCGAUGAAACCGAAUUGACCUACGACGAGGAAGAUGAUACCGAUAUUGAAUUUGGCGCUGAAAAAAUCAUGAAAUCUACUUAUAAGUGAAGAAUACAAUUGCAUAAUACAUUGAAGAUGCGCAGUAAUGCCUCAGUUUGAAGAAUAGUGCGAUAAAAUAAUUCCAGUUCUACAAUUUUGGAGCUCAGCAAAUGAAUAAAUAUGGAAAAGUUUAUCGUCAAUAAUAAACUGUUUAGGCUUACAAUUUUGAUUGAAAGCUCAAUAAUUAAAUUUUCUCCUGAAGGAUCUGAAAUCUGAACUUCGAAACUGUUGUGAAUAGCCGAACUUACUCAUAUGAUUAUCACUAGAUCUCUCAAACAUAAAAAACCCACCGACAAUUUCAACGUUGAUCUGAUAGAAUCGAGAAAAAGGGUUGCGUUACUAAUCAUCUUUUAAUCGAAACAGUGAAUGUCUGGAAUGUGUUUACGUUUAUUCUAUAUAAUGCAGCUUUUUACAACACAAUAAUAAAGAUGAUCGUUUCUAAAACCAUAUAAAUCUCUGAUGGAAAAUUAAAUAAAAUAGGCUACUUUACGUCGUAAUAAUCACACAAUCAAUAAAAAUAUUCUUAUGUUUCUAAUCU